AUGGCUGCCCCAAACAUUUUGGAUACUGAAAGCGACUAUGGUUCCGACAUCUCUCCAGAGGACGAGUUGCUUCUACUAGAGCGUACUUCGCAAGACUGCCAAAGUGCAAAGGCAAAGGGCCCUGCUCAUCUCCCACCGCGCCCUGGACCCUACGAGAGUUCUCAUACAGACCUACGGCCUGGUUGUACAGACAUCAUCGACCAUGACAACUCCACGGCCCCUGAGGUCAGUGGCACGGCCAUGGCUUCGGCAACCAUGGGGCAAAGCCGCAGCGAGUUGCUCGACACGGACGUCACCUAUCCCGAUUUGAGUCGAGCAUUGUCUUGUAUUGGUGAUGACAGAGACGGGGGAGCCAAGGCCCUGGAUGAACGGGAUACGGAAUCAGAGGAGUUUGAGGAUAAUCGUUCUCCUCUCCAAAGAUUCCGGUCAUAUCCUAGGAGACCAUUGACUGUCACCGACCUUACAGCUGGAGCCUGGUGCGAACUGCAAUAUUGGUAUACUCUCACCAGGCUCCCCGGCGGUCGGCGGACUAAGACCCCUGCUAUGAAAGGAGGCUCAAUAAUCCACAAGAAGCUUGAGGAUGAGGUGCACACCACCACCCAGAUUGACGUUUUUACAAAAGAAGAUGGCUUCGCAUUGAGAAUGUGGAACUUCAUCCAAGGUCUUAGAACCCUGCGUGAAACCGGUAUGACCAGGGAGUUGGAGGUUUGGGGAAUGGUCCAGGGCAAUGUCGUCAAUGGUGUGAUUGACGAGCUAACCCACGAUAAUCCAAACCCCGAGUUUGAGAACGAGCUCACUGAAAUAUUCAAUCCUGCCCCUGAUCAAAUGUCUUUACAUGGCUAUUUCACACGCAAUGGAAAUCCCGCUGGUGCGCUCUCUCUGCCUAAGGUGUAUCUCAUUGAUGUUAAGACGAGAGGAAGUCGAGCUCCUGUGACAAAGACGUUGCUGAGACCUGCAAAAAUACAAUUGCUGCUCUAUCACCGGUUUCUAUCCGACAUCGCAGCCGGAAGGCUAGAUUUUUUCAAGUUAUUCCGACGUUAUGGGGUUGACCCUGAUGAUACUCUCUCUGACGGUUUCAUUGCUCAGAUGGGAAGCCUCCACGAUGAGAUCUUCCAGGAUACGCCAUUACCCCAGGCAUCUGCUUUCUGUGCGCAUGCGGCCCAGGACUCGGAGAGCCGUGAUUCACAACAAGGGGCUGGUCAGCUACUGAAGUACCAAACACUCGGAGAAUUACUACACUUGGUGAAAGCCGAGGUAAAGCUCACAUUUCCAGAGGGGCAGAAAUCAAUGGGCUUGAUGCUUCGGAUCCAGUAUAUUCAUCGUGAUGAUGGUGAAGAGAUUGAUGUUCACGACUUUCCUGUUUCCAAGCAGGCAUUGGACGAGUAUUUGAAACGAUACAUGACAUGGUGGCAGGGAGAACGAAAAGCAAGCGGUGUCGACAUAGAAGAAGCUUUCAAGUGUCGCACGUGCGAGUUUGCAUCCGACUGCACUUGGAGGAAUGCAAUGGCCGAGGAGCGGAUGCAGAAAGCUCGAGGCACCAAGCUUCCCGAGGUCGAUCCUAUGACCAGGAUGCAGGUAGACGAGUCUGUUGUUGGCCACACCGAAAUCGAUGAAUCCCUUUACAGCCGACAGCUCUACGUCCUCGGCCACGAGGCCAUGAAGCGCAUGGGCGCCUCGAAUGUCCUUGUUGUUGGUCUGAAGGGUCUCGGCGUCGAGAUUGCCAAGAAUAUCGCACUUGCAGGCGUGAAGAGUCUGACGCUCUACGACCCUGCGCCCGUUCACAUAUCCGACCUGUCUUCGCAGUUCUUCCUUACCCCAGCGGAUGUUGGCAUUCCCAGGCACGAUGUGACCGCGCCGCGAGUGGCCGAGCUUAAUGCUUACACCCCUGUGAAGAUACACGAGUCAACUGGCCUGGACGCCGAUCUCUCUCAGUUCGACAAGUACCAGGUGGUCGUCCUGACGAACACCCCUCUUCAAUCUCAAAAAACCAUUGGCAAUUAUUGCCAUUCCAAAGGCAUCUAUGUUAUAGUGGCAGACACUUUUGGAUUGUUCGGUUCGAUUUUCUGUGACUUUGGCGAGAACUUCACUGUUAUUGACCCGACCGGAGAGACUCCACUGAGUGGCAUUGUCGCUGGAAUCGAUGAGGAAGGCCUCGUAUCAGCAUUGGACGAAACCCGACAUGGUUUAGAAGACGGCGAUUAUGUUACAUUUUCCGAGAUUGAAGGGAUGGAAGGUUUAAAUGGCGCCGAGCCUCGAAAGAUCACUGUGAAGGGGCCUUACACAUUCUCUAUCGGCGAUGUGACCGGUCUUGGUCAGUACCAACGAGGUGGCAUGUACCAGCAAGUCAAAAUGCCCAAGCCUAUUAACUUCAAGGAUUUCACCGCGUCUCUCAAGGAGCCGGAGUUCGUCGUGUCGGACUUUGCCAAGUUUGACCGACCUCAGCAGCUCCACGUUGGCUUUCAGGCCCUUCACGCCUUUCAACUCUCCAAGGGCCGUCUUCCAAACCCAAUGGAUGAUGACGACGCUACAGUUCUCCUCGGCGCUGCAAGACUUUUCAUCAAGGAAGAGAAGUUGGAGGUUGAACUGGAUGAGAAGUUGCUGAAGGAGCUUAGCUAUCAGGCACGAGGUGAUUUGAGUCCAAUGGCCGCCUUCUUCGGAGGUAUUACUGCGCAGGAAAUCCUCAAGGCUGUCUCUGGCAAGUUCCAACCCAUCAAACAGUGGAUGUACUUUGAUUCCCUUGAGUCACUUCCUACAUCGACAAAGCGAAGCCCCGAACUUUGCAAGCCACUCGGUUCACGAUACGACGGCCAAAUCGCUGUGUUCGGUGCGGAAUACCAGGAGAAGAUCGCAAACUUGACCCAGUUUCUCGUUGGAGCCGGCGCCAUCGGUUGUGAAAUGCUCAAGAACUGGGCAAUGAUGGGCCUAGGCACUGGGCCUAAGGGCAAAAUUAUUGUUACUGAUAUGGAUUCCAUCGAAAAGAGCAACCUGAAUCGCCAGUUUCUGUUCCGUGCCGGCGACGUUGGCAACAUGAAGAGCGACUGUGCCGCCAAAGCUGUGCAGCGAAUGAAUCCAGAUCUUGUUGGUCACAUUCAGACUUUCAAGGACCGAGUCGGCCCUGACACAGAGGGCACCUUUGAUGAGGCUUUCUGGGAGAGCCUGGAUGGUGUUACAAAUGCGCUAGACAAUGUUGAGGCCAGAACAUAUGUUGACCGACGCUGCGUGUUUUUCCGCAAGCCGCUUCUUGAGAGCGGUACACUUGGGACCAAAGGAAAUACCCAAGUCGUAUUACCUCAUCUUACCGAGUCUUAUUCUUCGUCGCAAGAUCCGCCCGAGAAAGAAUUUCCCAUGUGCACCAUCCGAAGCUUCCCCAACAGAAUCGAGCACACCAUUGCUUGGGCCAAGGAGUACAUGUUCGAAAAAUGCUUCGUCAAGGCGCCUCAAACUGUCAAUUUGUAUUUGACUCAGCCGAACUUCAUGGAGACAACCCUUAAGCAGGGUGGUAAUCAGAAAGAGACACUGGAAACCAUCCGCAACUACCUCACGACGGAACGACCUCGUACUUUCGAAGAUUGUAUUGCAUGGGCAAGAAUGCAGUUCGAGACAGAGUUCACCAACAAGAUCCAGCAGCUUCUGUACAACUUUCCCAAGGACUCUGAAACCUCGAGCGGGACACCUUUCUGGUCUGGCCCGAAACGCGCUCCCGAUGCCCUCAAGUUCGAUCCCAACAACCCGACCCAUUUUGGCUUUGUGGUUGCUGCUGCCAAUCUCCAUGCCUUCAACUUCAAUAUUAAAUCGCCCGGAGCUGAUAAGAACAUCUAUCUACGUGAAUUGGAAAAUGUGAUUGUUCCUGACUUCACCCCUGAUGCCAAUGUCAAAAUCCAGGCCGAUGAUAAGGAACCAGACCCCAGCGCUGGUGGCAGUGAUGACGAGGACGAGCUCCAGAAAAUAAUUUCCAGCAUUCCUUCACCAAGCACGCUGUCAGGUUUUCAGCUGCAGCCAGUUGAAUUUGAAAAGGACGACGACUCCAAUCACCACAUCGACUUCAUCACAGCCUGCAGCAACCUGCGCGCCGAAAACUACAAGAUCGAGGCAGCUGAUCGACACAAAACCAAGUUCAUUGCUGGGAAGAUUAUCCCGGCCAUUGCCACGACGACUGCACUUGUAACUGGCCUGGUAGUCAUGGAGCUGUACAAGGUUGUUGACGGCAAAAAUGAUAUUGAGCAGUACAAAAACGGAUUCAUCAAUCUGGCUCUGCCAUUCUUUGGCUUCAGUGAGCCGAUUGCUAGCCCCAAGGUAGUGUACAAGGGGCCAGAGGGCAAGGUGACCCUAGACAAGAUCUGGGAUCGGUUCGAGAUUGGGGAUGUGACUUUGCAGGAGCUCUUGGACCACUUCAAAGCAAAGGGCCUAACAAUUGUCAUGCUUAGCUCGGGAGUUAGCCUGUUGUACGCCAGCUUCCACGCUCCGGCGAAGAUGAAGGAACGCUUGGGCUGGAAGCUCAGCCAGCUCGUGGAGAAUAUUUCAAAGAAACCAAUUCCUGAACAUCAAAAGGAAGUUAUUUUCGAAAUGGUGGCCGAGGACAUGGAUGAGGAAGAUGCAGAGGUUCCCUACAUCAAGGUCAGGGUGCGAUAA